UUCAAGGAGUUUGGAUAAUCGAGACUUCUCAAUGACUACAUAGACAAAAAUUCCCACGGAAUUUGGACGCUCGAGAUUUCUCAAUGACUAUAGCUAACAUUUCUUCCGGCAAUCACGGUCAACGAUAUAUCGAGGAAUUCUACGCCUGGUAGAUCAAUAAUGGCGGUAAUCAAGAGAAUUAUCGGCUGCUUUUUUUUUUUUACCCAAAAGAUUAAUCUCAGUUAUGCCACUUUCAAAGUGGGCCAAUUGCUUCGGAAUUAUAAGAAUAUGAGAAAUGGAUACUGUUGUGAUCAUGAGCGAUGCGUACAAAUUUUGAAAAUCAUUUUGUUUACGUCGUAAGUAAUUAUGAAGGUCGUUCAAGUCAAUUGUCAUUUUGACAUUAAGUCUGAAGAGCGAAUCCAAUAUUGAAUGGAUAAACAAAAUGAAAUUCUUGGGGAGAAAUGUCACGAAUACCACAUUUUGAUUUCUCUUUUGAACAUGUAUGAUAUAAACAAAGCAAAAUUACACGCGCACUCGCUGGGACGCACGCCAACUUGGAAGCACGUGUCUUCAAGGGAUUACACCAAACUUUCAAAAUCGGAAAAGAAAUUGCUGAGGGGGUGAAUUUCAGAAGGUGUAAAUUGGAUAAAUGGAAUAGCAGGAGCUGAUUGUUUUUCCAAACUGAUUUCUGAAGGUGCCGAGAGGAAGUAGUGCGUUUUAUGUGAUGAGCAUUGUUUGUGAAGUUUAAUGACGCUAUACUCGCGGGGAUUUGUUAGUGCACAGAAGCGCUCUAUGGCAAAGGGAAGAGACUGGGAUUAGACUCAUUGGGUGAAGUCCUUCAUUGUCUUGGAGAUGCGGUGUAACGGAAUUUUAUUCUGUCUUUUACAUGUUAUACUUGUGAUAGUAUAUUUGAUCGACAACUGUAGAUCUCAACAAUACCCCAACACGAUCAGAAUCGAUGGGUUCUUUGAACCAGAACACAAGAGUGCAGAACUGGCCUUCAAAUGGACGAUGCAAAAGAUUAACCUGAGGAACGACAUUCUGAGCCAGGUCUUGGUGGCGUACAUUGUUAAACAGGUCACUCCAGACGACAGUUUCGACGUGUCCAAGAAAGUGUGUCGUGAAAUUGCUGCCGGAUGUAAGGUCAUUUUUGGUCCAGGAUCCCGUGUAUCAUCCAGUCACGUGCAGUCCAUUUGCAAUUAUCUGGCCAUACCUCAUAUCCAGGCGCAUUGGGACCCUCGUGACGUCAUCACAGACACCAAGGACCCGGAUAAGGACAACUUCUCCUUGAAUUUAUACCCAUAUUACCUGUCUUUGAGCUCCGCCUUCAGGAAUUUAAUUGACUACUGGAAGUGGACACAAUUCACAGUUAUAUACGAAGAUAAUGAUGGGUUAAUACGAUUACAGGAGGUUUUAAAAGCGUCAAAUAUUCCGGAAAUUAAAGUAACCGUUCGCAAAAUCAACAACAAUCCGGAAACUUAUAUUAGUUUGUUUAAGGACCUGAAGGAGAAAGGGGAAUAUAGAAUAAUAAUAGACUGUCACGUGUCCAGAGUGGGGAUAAUCCUGGAAAAGGCUCUUCAAGUCAAUGCUGUAUCGGAAUACUUUCACUAUUUGUUUACCACCCUGGAUCUUGGUUUGGUUGAGUUGGAGCAAUUCAAGCACGCAGGCGCAAACAUUACUGGUAUGCGAUUGGUAGAUCCAGAGCGCCCCUUGGUUACCGGGGUAACUGGUGAGUGGAAAUACGAGAUGUUCAGUAGCAGUUCUCGGACGUCACCACUCGUUGACCAAUCAGGAAUCCCGACAGAGACAGCGUUGAUAUACGAUGCAGUUUACUUAUUUGCACGUGGACUUGAUGGAGUUCAGAAGGCGAAAAACAUGAACUUCCGACAGAGCAUCAUGUGCAACUCGUCCACUUCCUGGGAGGACGGGCUCAGCCUGCUCAACUAUAUGAAAACGAUGGAUUUUGAGGGAUUGACAGGGAGAAUCCACUUCGGUAAAUAUGGCGAGCGAAGCGAUUUCACAUUAGACAUAACUAAGCUGGACAAAACGGGACUUAAAAAGAUUGGUACGUGGGACCCAAAAAAUCUAGUGAACAUUACUGAGGACUCCAAGGAGCACAGGAAGAAGACAAGUGACCAGUUAGCAAACAAGACGCUCAUCGUGACGACUGUUGUUGAUGAUCCUUACAUCUUUCAACAAGUUGACGAGAACGGCGUAGUGACGUAUGAAGGGUUUUGUAUCGACCUCCUGAACGAGAUAAAAAAGCACUUAGGCUUUGAGUACGAGAUCCGUGUGUCACCCAAAAACGAGUAUGGAAACUGUAACGAUGAGGGUGUGUGUGAUGGCAUGGUCAAGGAACUUGUGGAGAGGAGAGCGGACUUGGCUGUAGCAGGGAUGACCAUUACAUACGAGAGGGAACAAGUAAUUGAUUUCACCAAACCUUUCUGGAAUAUUGGCAUCACCAUCUUGUUCCGGAAACCUAAACCGGAACCACCGGAGUUAUUCUCCUUCUUGUCUCCUCUGGAUACACAGGUGUGGAUAUACGUUAUCGCUGUGUACCUCUGUGUCAGUUUCAUGAUGUUCGUCAUCGCACGCUUCACGCCUUAUGAAUGGUGUAAUCCGCACCCAUGUGAUCCAAAUACAGAUAUGGUGGAAAAUCAGUUCUCGGUCCUUAACAGUCUCUGGUUCACCAUAGGGGCCUUCAUGCAACAAGGUUGUGAGAUCGCCCCUCGAGCAGUGUCCACUAGGAUGGUGGCCGGAGUCUGGUGGUUUUUUACACUCAUUAUUAUUUCCUCCUACACCGCUAACCUGGCAGCUUUUCUCACGAUUGAGAAGAUGGUGUCUCCAAUUGAAGGAGCCGAAGACCUGGCAAAACAGACCAAAAUCAAAUACGGCAGUGUGGCCUCCGGAAGUACAAAGGCCUUCUUUGAGCGAUCCAAAUUUCCCACUUAUCAGAAGAUGUGGAGUUUCAUGAAGUCCGCCACGCCCUCUGUGUUUGUAGCCAAUAGUAAGGAAGGUGAGAGGCGUGUCCUACAAGGGGAUUAUGCUUACUUCGCUGAGUCUUCCACCAUUGAGUAUAUGGUAGAGAGGAACUGUGAACUGAUGCAAGUAGGACAGUGGCUCGAUUCAAAAGGAUUUGGAAUCGGACUUCCGCAGGAUUCACCAUACAGAGACAAAAUUUCCAGUAUCAUAUUAAAAUUACAAGAAGAUCAAACUAUACAGAGAUUUUAUAACAUGUGGUGGAAGGAGAAAAAUAAAGAUGGCGAGUGUAUAGACUCCACCCAGAAAAAGACUAACGCCCUGACAAUUAAAAAUGUGGGCGGAAUUUUUGUGGUGCUGAUAGCCGGCACGAUGGCUGGUGCUGUGGUAGCCUUCUUUGAAUUUCUAUGGAAGGCGCGUAAAAACGCCAAAGAAGAUAAACAAUCUCUGUGUUCGGAAAUUGGGGAGGAGCUGAGAUUCGCCGUACGCUGCUUUAACUCCAGCUCCAAACCCGUACACCGGAAGCCCAGUUAUGACGUCACAGACAAUGGCUUACAGAGUAUGCCUCUUAAUAGCUACAAAAAUAAUGGACGCCAAGAUGUGUAUACUUAGCAGUUGUAGAAUGAAAGUUUUUGUGUAAUUUAGUAUUAUUAUACAAUCACGAAUAUUUGAGAUGUUGUCAUUUAUAAAUUCAUGUUUUGUUGUGAGUGUUUGCAUUGAACGGUAUGGUAGUAUUCAUCAACCAGAUGUAAAAUAGAAUACACGCAUUUAAUUUGCAACAUUUGACUUUAUUUUCUGAAGGAUAAAAAGUUUCAAAUGUUAUUAUCAAAGACAUACAUGUAUAUCAAAAUAAUCUUUUCAUCACUUUUUUUUAAAAAUUUCUCAUAACUUCUGCCAGGAAUCAUGCUGAUGAAUUCUCGACAGACCAAUAAGUCAACAGUGCCUUAAUAUUACCAACGUUCAUAUAACAAUGUGCAAUGUGACAUUCCGAACAUCAUUUCUUUGAGAAUAGAUUUAUUCUUCAUGGAUUUUUUUAUUCAAACAGUGACGUUUGUCUUUUAACAUGGUCUAUGUGAAUCAGAGACUUCACAAAUACAUUAUACAUGUCAUGUACAUUUUGUUUCUUCAUCAUUUGUUGACAUGUGAUGGAAGUUUAUUCUUCUCAAUUCUUAUAUUUUGUACCUAAUGAAUGAUAUUAUUUUCAGUUGAUAUAUACAUCAUUUUGUGAUCUUUACUUUAAUCGUAUGCCAUUACAUCGAUCAAGUAUUUAAGAUUAAUAGCUGUGAUUUUUUUUAAAGAAAACGUCUAUGCCAAAAUAGAGUGCUUGCGAUUCUUUGUCAACUGAACAUUCAGCAGAAUUAUAGAUGUUUACUCACUGUUAAAAUAUGCAUACAACUAUUGAUUAUACAAAUAGUACCGUAUACAGGAAAUAUUCGCCCCCGUUUUAUUUUCGUCCCUUUCGCCCUCAUUGUCACAGGGCUAAUUUAAGAGUGGGCGAAACGUUUCUCUCAUAUCUCUCUUUUAACACAAGUCUGGACGAAUUUAAAACAGGGCGAAACUGUCUGCAAGUGUAGAAAGGCGAAAAUAACCCUGUCUACUGUACGUUAAACGACGUGUCACUAUUAUUAUAUAUAUUAGCCUGUGCAAUUGAUGAUGCUUAACGUUUAGUUUAUUAUGUUUGAUUCUUCAUACAUAUUAUUAUAUUUUCUCUACACACUUCCAGAUGAAUUGAGUUUUGUGCUACAUGACAAUGAAAAUAAAAUACUUUGAGGAAA